AUGGUUCGGACGCGAAGGGUAUAUUCAGGAGCAACAUUACUUCGGGUGCUUUAUCCUGUUGCUUUGUGUAUGAUUUUUGUUGCGAUCAAUGUUUCUAUAUGUCGUCCACCUAUUACGAAAACACCCAAAGUAAUUUAUGGCGUAUUUCAUUCGUACGACACAGAAGAGAGUGGACAUGUUACACUAUUGCUCAUGAUUUUUCUGGUUCUGACGACAACUAUGGGCGUCGUUUGCUAUAAAAAACGAUUGUAUAAGGCAAUAACAGCAUACAUCAUUGCAAACAGUAUCUCCCUUCUACUUGUCUAUGCCUUCUUUCACUUUCACAACUUGGCACAAGCUUGUUCGAUUCCCAUGUCUGUACCUUCUUCAGUCUUUCUGACUUUCCAAUUCGGCGGUUUAGGAGUUCUCAGUCUUCAUUGGAAAGCUCAUAGAAGGCUACACCAGUUCUACCUAGUGAUGCUUGCAGCUUUAACAGCCUUAUUUCUACUCAAAAAUCUACCAGAUUGGACUGUUUGGAUAUCCAUUGUUGCCAUUUCCAUAUGGGACAUUGUCGCGGUUUUAACUCCAUGUGGCCCAUUAAAAAUGCUUGUUGAGACUGCAAGUCGUAGAGGGGAUAACAAUUUUCCAGCCAUUUUGUAUAACUCCAGCUCUUAUGUGGAAACGCCGGAAACGCCGGAUACAACACGCCCACACAGCACCCAACUAACAGAGUUUUCUAACUCAUCAAACGCAAACUUACUGCAAUCGGAUUCAUUAUUAACAACUCCAGUAAUACCCCGGCGAACGAGGGAAGUGCGAGAGGUGGAAGGGACCAUUCGUCUCGGCAUGGGUGAUUUCGUUUUCUACUCCCUGAUGCUGGGGAACGCCGCUCAGACGUCCCCUCUUACUACUGUAUUGGCUUGCUUCUUGUCUAAUCUCGUCGGAUUGACGAUUACUCUCCCGGUUGUGAGUCUGUCUCAAACGGCCCUACCCGCUCUACCAUUUCCUUUGUUGAUAGCAGCUUUGUUUUAUUUCUCUUCACAUGUCGCACUGACUCCAUUCACUAAUUUGUGCUCAUUGACAUUAAUCUUGUUUUGA